AUGGCUCGCCUUCAGGGGAGCCAACGGCGCAGCAAUGCGCCAAACGAGCAUGUCUACGCCCUUGGUGAGAGGGGACGGAAAACCGGCGUCACGCUCAAGGACACCGGGGUGCGCGACGAGUAUGGCAUGCAGCCAAUCGACGACAUCUUCUCGUCGCCGGAGAAGGGCGGGAACGACUCGGACGAUGGCGAAGCAGAUAUGGACCUGACUACCGCCUCCGGUCCGGACCCGGCAACCCUCAUCAACGGCCAGAAUGGCAACCGCCUUCCCAUCCCGCGCGCCCGGUCGCCAAUCAAGACGUUUCUGCAAUCCCCCGCGAUUAGAAAUCCGGCGGGGUCGUCGUCGCCCAACAGAGAGAACGACCCUGGCCAGAUGAAGGCGGUGAACAGACGCCUCAACUUUGGUGCGGAAGCGCGCCACCUGCCCAGGCCCAUGGCCAACGGCGCCAGGACGAACGGCGCGAGCAGCCGAUUCAGCGAGAACCGCUCCGAAGAUGAAGACGACGAAGAGGAGAUUUUGCACGGGAACCAGGGCUCCGCGGCCGCUGCGGACGGUGACGACUCGAUGCAGAUGCUCGAUGCGCCUGGAGACUAUGACGAACCCGACGCCGAGCCGGAGGAGGAGCAAGACGAAGACGAGGAUGCACCACCGCACGAGGAAGCCGAGCCGGCUUCCGAAGAGGACGAGGCACCCAUCAAGCCGACGAAAAGACGAGGACGCCCGGCCAAAAGCAGGGCAGUACCUGAAGACUCAGAAGAUGUGUCAGAACCGGCACCCAAGCGGAGGAAGCCCGGGCGCAGUUCACUCAACGAGGAUCAAGAAGCCCAGAAUGAAGCAACACUGCCCAAGCCUCAAGGGGUGGAGAUGCAGAGCAAGGGCAGAGGCAGAGGCAGGAAACCCGCCAAGCUAGCCGCUCCCGGGACGGCAGACGAGGGCGAGUCUUCCUCCAGGCAAGCCGACGCGCCGCCAAAGGCCAAACGCGGCCGCAAGCGCAAGUCGUCCAACGUCGGCGACGAGUCCGUCGUCAUCACCCGCGGCCCGCCCCUGCCAAAGGCCCGCGGCCUGGUCAUCAGCCGCCGCGAGGUGCCCGGCGAGGCCGGCAUGGUCAGGACGCGCUCCGGGCGCAACUCGUUCAAGCCCUUGGCCUUCUGGCGCAACGAGCACGUCGAGUUCGACCAGUCCGAAGUCCUCGAGGACCGCUUCGGCCGCGGCAAGGGCACCAGCCGCUUCGUGCUGCCCGCCAUCAAGGAGGUGCACCGGGUCGAGGAGGAGGUCGCGCCGCACAAGGCCAAGUCGAGCAGGCGGAGGCCGGCCGCGAGCGGCGGUGCAUCGAAGAGGCGGCGGGCGGCCGGGGACGACGACGGCGAAGGCGACGAGCCCGCCGAGCCCUGGGAGGAGGACCCGGGCGAGGUGGUCGGCGAGGUGGUCGUGUGGCGGGCCGAGCACGAGGCCAACCCGCCGUCGCUCGACGACGAGCUCGAGGUCACCGACGAGCAGGUCGCGCUGUCGAGCGCGGCGGUGCAGACGCGCGACGUCCGUAACGGGGACUUCCGCUUCGCCAAGACGCUCAGCACCCCUUACUUUGGCGCGGGCGUCGUCGACAUGCCGCCCGGCAGCCUCAAGCGGCCCAAGAACUCGCGCAAGAUGCACAUGACCUUUUUCGUCUUCACCGGCCGCGUCCAGGUCACGGUCAACGAGACGCAGUUCCGCAUCAGCAAGGGGGGCAUGUGGUUUGUGCCCAGAGGUCAGUAG